AUGAACUUCAACCUGUACGGGUCGCUCAACUCAGCAAAGCUUCUGCUUAAGCCGAGCUUGUGUCUGCCUCAUCACAUUGCACCAACAUUCAACGAUCUUCCCAUCCCUCUCGACUCGGUCCUGCAGAGAGAAGGCCGGAGAGUCAACAUCAAGGCCGUUGUUCUUGACAAAGACGACUGUUUUGCUUAUCCCGAUGCGAAAGAAGUAUAUCCCGCUUACAGACUACACUUUGAAAAGCUCAAGCAGACCUACCCUGGUCGCAAGCUCCUGGUAGUGUCCAACACAGCUGGAGCAACUAGCUGGGAUAAAGACCUCAAGCAAGCAGCAGAAGUUGAGAAGAGCACGGGAGUGUUUGUCCUCCCUCACUCGACAAAGAAGCCCGGCUGUGGCGCCGAGAUCAUGGCGUAUUUCAAAAAGUACCCAGAAACUGGAGUGACUGAUCCGUCGCACAUUGCCGUUGUCGGCGAUAGACUGACAACGGACAUGAUGCUGGCAAAUAUGAUGGGUGCAUGGGCGUUUUGGAUCAAGGACGGUGUUGUGCCGCUGAAUCAGAAGAGCAUCUUUUCCAGGAUUGAUCACUGCAUGGCAGGCUUUCUCCAAGCACGAGGCGUCAAGGCUCCUGAGCCUCAAAUUCCUGAGAAAUACUGA